GAACAGUUGAAACAUUAACUCAAAAACAGAAUGUCGAUUCAUAUACCAAGACCUAUACCGAAUAUUGCUUGCCAGAACCUGUUGACGAACGAUGUAAAGUAUCAUGGACACCUGCGGAGGAGGAGGAUGAUCAACAAAUACCUGGAACAGUUGGGCGGUCAAUUUUUAAAAUGGUCUAGAAAUUACGUCGUCAUCUACAACUGCAGUGUAUAUUGCUACAAUAAUGAAUUUGACGAGAAGGCGAACAAAUCCUGCUCUCUGUAUGGCUUCAGCGGCGUGGAGGAGGUGACAGUGGUGGAUGGCCUCAACGGCCCUCUCUGGACGUUCAAGGUCAUCAACGGCUUGCACGGGGAGCCAGAAAAUCUUUAUUUCUCCGCCGCCACUUCAGAAGACAAAACUAAGUGGAUCAAAGCUUUUGAAGAAGAAAUCCUAAUUGCCAACAAAGCAUCGGCGGCGUCAGUGACGUCAGUGGCUCCGGAGGGGAUUUUAAGUGGCAGACCGCUGCUAAAACUGAAAGAAUGCAUCGAUAUUGACAUCUACAAUUCAGACAGCGAAUCAAGUAACUAUGAAGAAAUUGAGGAAAAAGUCGAGAGUAAAGACACGAAAACACCCAAAGACUCAAAAGGUCCACCAAAACUUACAACCGCCCUACCUGCCUCAUCAUCGACAAAUCCUGCAAGCGAGCAGAAGAAAGCACCGGAACUUAAACCGAAACCAAAACCAAAAGUUCUUCCAAAGCAAAAUCCUCCCCAAACGGUUAAAGUGAAGCCAUUCAAUGACACGAAUGCACAGAAGAGCAGCAAAGUUGUGGACGAGUACGACUUGUAUGAUAUAGAAGGACUGUGGGAGGAUGAGCGGAGUGAAGAAGCAGAGAGGAAGUUAUCUAAAGCGGAGAAGGGAACCUUUAUCGUGAGAUCGAGCAGGACUGCUGACAGUUCAUCAAAGACUCUGGUAGUAAAACAAAAUGACUUCUUCAAGAAGUACAGAAUUUUUGAAAAUGAAACCUCCUGUAGUCUGACGGCAAAUGCAACCGAGGAACACAAACAGCCGAACAUUCCAGCCCUCCUUAGUUUCUACAAGAACAACAAUCUCCCCAAUGCUGAUUUCAAGCUGACGAAGGCAUUGAGUAAUAACUAACAUACGUGACGUAACGUCGUACAGUUUCAUUUUGUCAUUUAAUUGUUCUUUUAUUUUAAUUUGUAUUUAUUUCUCUAAAAAAUUUGUAAGUUAAUCUAAUAUUCAACAUUAAUAAUUUAUCUAACAUAAUGUAUAUGCAUUUAUAAAAUUUAUGAUUGACCUGAUGAUAAAAUUAUCGCAGACUAUUUCGUUUGUGUUAACGAAUGUGCAAUAAAUUUUGUUUUCCUCGGUUAUUAAAUUGAGUUUAAAGUUUGAAUGUUGACUAAACUGAAGAACAAGUUACUGAAUUAUUGAAUUCUAUUUAAUAUUUUCAUAAAAAUUGUAUAGUUUUAGACUUUAAUUUGGUUUUUUCUAAAAUUUUGUUUGCAAGAAUUAAUAAUUCAAUAAUUAUGGUAAUGAAGAACGCAA